UCGCCGCGCGGAGCCCGGCCGGCCCCGCCCCGCGGCUCCGGUUUCAGCCGCUGCUACAGGGACCCCCAAGAUGGAAACGCAGGGGCUGCCCGCCGCGGAGGCGGCCCGGGCCCGGCCCGGCACCCAACAUGGCGGCCCUGCCGCGCCGCCCGCCGCCCCGCGCCGCCCGCCGCAGCCGCCCGACUGGGAGCCGGCCGCCGCCGCCGCCUCCUCCUCCCCCGCCGCCAGCACCGCCUCGGCGGGCCUCUACGUGAGCUUCCCGGUGCUGCUGGUGGAGGAGAAGCCGGAGCCCGGCGCCAGCCCGGCGCCCAGCCCCUGCGCGCCGCCGGCGGGGCCCGCGCCCGACAACGACGGGCUCCUGCUCGUCUUCAACGUGGUGCGCGGCGCGGCCGAGGCCGGCGGCGGCGGCGACGCGGGGCGCGCCCAGCCCGGCCCGCCGCCCGCCGAGCCGCCCGAGGAGGCCCCCGGCUCGGCGCCGCCGCCGCCUCCCCCGCCGCCGCCGCUGCCCCCCGCCGCCUGCGGCGACGGCGCGGCGGAGGACGGCUCCUUCUCGGGGACCAUCACCAUCAACAACCAGAGCCUGGUGGUGCGCAUCGAGAACGGCGUCCUGACGCUGGGGCCCGGCGCCGAGCAGGCCGCGGGCGCCGCGCCGCCGCCGCCCGCCCCGCCGCCGCCGCCCGCCGCCAGCCCCGCCGAGCCGCCGGGCGGGCCGCGUCCGCGCUCGCCGCCGGCCUUCGCGUGCCCCGAGCCGCGCUGCGGCGAGGCCUUCCCCCGCAAGCAGCAGCUGCGGCUGCACCGCCUCGCGGCGCACGGCGGCGGGGAGGAGGAGGGCCGCGGGGCGGCGGCGGCGGCGCGGCCCUUCGGCUGCCCGGUGCCCGGCUGCGCCUGGUCCUUCGCCACGGCCUACAAGCUGCGGCGGCACCUGCACUCGCACGACAAGCUGCGGCCCUUCGCCUGCGCCGCGCCGGGCUGCGCCAAGCGCUUCACCACGGUCUACAACCUGCGGGCCCACAGCCGCGCCCACGAGCAGGAGGCGGCGCACAAGUGCGAGGCGUGCGGGCAGCGCUUCCCCAGCGCCGCCCGCCUCGCCGCCCACCGCCGCCGCAGCCACCUGGAGCCCGAGCGGCCCUUCCGCUGCGACUUCCCCGGGUGCGAGAGGACGUUUAUCACCGUGAGCGCGCUCUUCUCGCACAACCGAGCCCACUUCAGGGAGCAGGAGCAGUUCUCCUGCUCUUUCCCCGGCUGCAACAAGCAGUACGACAAAGCCUGUCGCCUGAAAAUCCACAUGAGGAGUCACACAGGUGAGAGGCCUUUUAUCUGCGACUUUGAAGGUUGUGGCUGGUCUUUCACCAGUAUGUCCAAGCUACUGAGACACAAAAGGAAACACGAAGAUGACAGGAGGUUUAUGUGUCCGGUAGAAGGCUGCGGGAAGUCCUUCACAAGAGCAGAACACUUGAAAGGCCAUAGUAUAACUCACCUUGGUACAAAACCAUUUGAGUGUCCAGUAGAAGGCUGUUGUGCAAAAUUCUCAGCGCGAAGUAGUCUGUAUAUUCACUCCAAAAAGCAUCUUCAAGAUGUGGACUCAUUAAAGACUCGCUGCCCUGUAUCCAGCUGUAAUAAAUUGUUCACUUCCAAACACAGCAUGAAGACACACAUGGUAAAACAGCACAACUUCAGCCCAGAUCUCCUAACUCAGCUUGAAGCAACCAGCUCCCUCACACCUAGCAGUGAACUCACUAGUCCAGGACAAAGUGAUCUCAGCAACAUAGACCUUGUAUCCCUGUUCUCCAAUGCGUCCAGUAACAAUUCUGGAAUUGCAACAGACAUGGCGCUAGUGAACUCUGGGAUCGUCACAAUAGACGUUGCUUCAGUGGGCUCAACGCUCGGAGGAAACCUGCCUGUCAGUAACAAUUCGUUAAGUCAGGCAGUCGAUCCCUUGAUAUUGGUGGCGAGCAGUGAUAUGCCGCAGAGCCUGGACAGUUCUCUCUUGCUGGGAACCAGUGCAACAGUUCUACAGCAAAGCACUUUAAAUUUGGAUGACGUACAGACUGUCAACGCGGAAGCCUUGGGUUCACUAGCGUCCCUAUCGGUGAGGAAUUCCAGUCAAGAUGUGCACGGUUUGACGUCCAGCAAUAAUUUAACGAUUGACACAGCCACUUUGACUCCUUCUAGUAGCCUCGGUGGUACCAACGUGCCUGAGUUACUAACACCAACUAAAGUUGAACGAAAUUUGCUUCCCAGCUCAGACGUUGUUGGUCAACAAGAGGGCAGCAAAGUAGUGACUCAGUUUGUUUUCUCCAACCCUCCAGGAAGCUACAGUGCUCAGAAGGAAAUGGAUCUUAGCACAGUGACUGGCAGCUCAUUUUUGGAAAGCGGUGGGUCUGCGAGAACAGACUACAGAGCCAUUCAGCUAGCCAAGAAAAGAAAACAAAAAGGGAAUGGGAGCAGCACAGGGGCAUCUGGCUCUGGUCAGAGGAAAAGCAAGGGCGGUAAAGUAAGCCCUACCAGCUUUUCAUCAUCCACUGCUGGCAGUCGACUGGGUGGCAACAUUGUCCUGCCAAACGGAGGGCUGACGAUAAGGGACCCUGCCACUGGAGCACAGUAUGUGCAAAUUCAGCUUCUUCAGGAUGAUCCCCCAGGAGAGGGAGAUUUGCCCUUUCAACUGAGCUCUCAGUCUUCCUCAUCACAUUCUCAGCUUACAGUGGAUUUACCUGUUCACAUACUUCAGCAAACUGCGUGUCAAUGAGAAUGAACAGCUGAGAACCAACCAGCAAUGAAAGAUUAGCAUGUUCACAAACCAGAUUUUCUACUUGACCAUUGGGGCUUUAUUUGAUAGACUCUGCAAUGCAGUAUUCUCACCAAGAGAAAAUAAAGCUUUUGCAUUUGAGAGAAGUACCUUACUAUAAUAAAUCUAGAAGUACAAGAGUACUAGGAUAGUUGGCCACGGUAAAGAGUUACCGGAGGAAAAGCAAAUAGUCAGUGAUGUUAAUUUAUCUCCUUCAGUAAUACUCAUCUGAAGUGUCCAAAGGAAAACUGGAGCGGCACUGUUUGAGUGGGUCCCCAAAGUAGGAAAGCUUUGGGUUUCCUCUAAACCAUUCAGAGCAUUUCUCUGAUCUUGGAUAAAUUUCAAGGUAAUCUUACUGAUAAGUAUUAAGAGCAUCUAGAAGUGAAAGCACUGAACUCUUCAUGCUGUCUGUUUGCUUUAACAGGAGCCACACAAUUCCACUGAAGAUGAUGCAGGUUCUGAUAACUCUCAGUUCACUGGAAGCACAAUAAACUUACAGGAUCUGGAAUGACCAUUAUUAAGAACAGUUACUUGAAAACAAAUUGGGCAAUCACGUUUCGACAAAGUGAGAUAACUGUGUGGGUCUUUUUCCAAGGAAACUAUGAAAACUAGGAGUACUGGAUUAUGGUUGCACUCUUUUCAAUUUGCUAAGGACAGUUACAGUUGAAAGAUUUUUCUUAAUAUGUAAAUUCUACUUGAUGUGCCUGUGUAAGAUACUCCGUCUGCCUGGUGGUCAGAGAGACUGAGGCAGGCUGCUGUACAGUGUUGUUUCAGGGAGAAGUACUGUAUUAAACUUCAAACUGAGGUAAUAUUAACUGUUUUCACAGGAAAGUAAGUAUUCUACAGCUAACAAGUACAAAUUUAUAAUUCUGACUUAUAACAGUUCAAACUUUCCUUCUAUUGGUCUCCUGUUGGAGCCAGUGGCAUUGAGGAAUUAAGAGCAAAUUUUGCAAGUAUUUUCCACACACAAAAAAAUUGUUUCAGCCCCUGUUUGUUGGCAGAAAACUGGAAUAAAAUAUCAUACGCAACAAAAUUAACAUCCAAUGCCAUGAAAAUGAAAUGCUCCAAAAUCUUUGUUUUAGAAAACUAGAUUCUAAAUGUUAACUUAGCUGUGAAUCAGUUUGUAGCUCAUGUUGAGUUUCUCCCUUUCUUUGCUCCUACAUCCCAAAUAAUCUGCUGAAUUCUUCCAGCAACACUUGAAAAAGGAAACUGCAAUAGAACUGUACUCACUGUAAGUGAUUACCUAAGAGUCCAACAGCAUCUGAGAGAAGUUAAUCAUCUUUGUGCUCCCUUUUGGGGAGCAAUGUUGACGGUCACUUAAAUUUAAGCACCUUGAUUAUAUCUCAUGCAUAGACUGCUGCCACGUUACCUGUAAACUGGCCACUAUCUUUUUUUUAAUUUUUUUUCGAUUGAACACUGUUAACACUUGUUCUUUAUUGGUAUCCCAGAAUAUCAUGUGAACAUGGAGCUUCCAGCUGGUUUACAGAAUAUGCAGUUGUUAGACUAUUUUGGGAGGGGCAAAGAAUUGUUACCUAGGAAGAUUUGCCCCAUUGAGAAACUGCAGUUUCUAGUGGGGGGUGGGAGGGGAAGGUUGUAUGUACUGUACUUACCUGGAUUGCAGACACCUAAAUAAGCAUAGGGUUGUAUAGGAGAAAAAACCCUUUGGUUACAUUUUAAGGUAGUAAUUUAAAUGUUUCUUAUGGUGAUGUACUGAAUGCCUAUAAAAUUAUGUAUAGGAGUUUGAUAAAAGGGUGUAUGUACUGUUUUUUAUUCUCAAUGAGGUGUGUGUGUGUAUGCACGUAUGUGUGUAUUUUUUACAAAAUAAGAUAUGUCAUGCAGAAGAACAUUGUGAUCUUUCUAAUCUUGCACAUAUUUAUUUAUUUUACAGUUAUACUGAUGUUGAAUUCACCCGAGGUCAUUCAGAAAUGCUUUUACUUCCUGUGCCUUUUGAACUAUGUAUGUGUCCAGAUAAAUGCUUUCGUUGAAGACUUGAAAAAAAAAAAAAAGUAUACAGGUUACAGUCAACUUCAGAUCCUGAUUUGUAGGGAGUAUUUUAUUCUCUGGUUGAACCAGUUUUAUUUUUCUAUCUUUAGCUUCAGUAACUGAGCAUUAGGGUCUCUGUUCUUCUCAUCCUGAAUUUACAGCUUAAGUCCAGGAAAUUUCUUAACCCUCUCAGGAGGGGUUUCCAAACCAAACUAAUUGGUAGGGGAGAUCAUCUGUCUGAUGGCUGGAGUCCACUCCCGAGAGGUAGAAAGGCUGAGGAGGAAUCUUGUUGAAGGGACUACUCGGUCUUGCUCUAGUGGUCACCGUGCUCUCCCGGGAAGCAGAGACUCCUUAAGCUCCCAAUGCCUCCAUUCUGUUCUCAAGGACCAUACCAGUUCUUAAUCUAAUAAAAUGGCCAAGGAACACUCCAUCUUUUUAUGGGACUUGCAACUGAAUCUUUCUACUUCUGAAAAUGUACCUCACUCAGCUUUGUAAAUGAAUGUAAAGUGCUAACCUCUUGGGGCCGAAAAUUGGAUCACUUGGCUUGAAGUCCGUUGCUGGCAAUGGAUACAUGAAGAACUGCUGGUGCAAAAGGGUUAAUAAAGCUUUUUUUUAUGGUCA